AGGCUCUAAGUCUGUGCAACUAUUUCGAGAGCCAAAAUGUGGAUUUUCGAGGCAAGAAAGUGAUCGAAUUGGGCGCGGGUACGGGCAUCGUGGGAAUCUUGGCAGCGCUGCAGGGGGUAAUUCCAUACAAAAUAAUUCAAUGAAGCAAGAUAGGGAAGACGACUGUGUGCCUCCAGCCGGCAGGUGGCGCCUACGCCAUUGGACGUUGUAGUGGAGAGUUUUGGCCCUUGAGCUAUUCCGUAGUCUGUCGCCUCAUCUGCGCGCCAGCAGGCGGUAGAGUGGUACGGUUACAGAUAUGUCGCUGUUGCGGUCUCUGCGCCUAUUCCUGGUCGCGCGGACCCGGAGCCGCCAGGCAGGAUCCUUUUUGCUUCAGUCGGCCCAGCCCUGGCACAUACUGCAGCAGGCUGGGCCCCGGUUGUCUUCCUCGGCCUCCAGCAAGGAUCUCCUUAUGAAGCUGCGGCGGAAAACGGGUUACUCCUUUGUAAACUGCAAAAAAGCUCUGGAGACUUGUGGCGAGGAUCUCGAACAGGCAGAGAUCUGGCUCCAUAAGCAGGCCCAGAAGGAGGGCUGGAGCAAAGCUGCCAAGCUUCACGGGAGGAAAACUAAAGAAGGCCUGAUUGGGCUGCUGCAGGAAGGAAACACUGCUGUGUUGGUGGAGGUAAACUGUGAGACGGAUUUUGUUUCCAGAAAUUUAAAAUUUCAACAAUUGGUCCAGCAGGUAGCUCUGGGAACCAUGCUGCACUGUCAGAACUUAAAGGAUCAACUUUCCACAUACAGCAAGGGCUUCUUGAGUUCCUCUGAACUUUCUGAACUUCCAGCUGGGCCUGACAGAAAUGGUUCUCUGAAGGAUCAGUUGGCCUCAGCAAUUGGGAAACUGGGAGAAAACAUGACCCUUAAACGAGCUGCAUGGGUAAAGGUGCCAUCUGGGUUCUACAUUGGCUCUUACGUCCAUGGAGCAGAACACAGUACUUCAUUCCACAACUUGGUGCUUGGGAAGUAUGGAGCCCUGGUCAUCUGUGAGACGUCUGAGCAGAAAGCAAACCUUGAAGAUGUUGGUCGCCGCCUUGGGCAGCAUGUAGUGGGAAUGGCCCCUCUCUCUGUUGGUUCACUGGACGAUGAGCCUGGGGGAGAGGCAGAGACCAAGAUGCUGUCCCAGCCAUACUUGCUGGAUCCCUCCAUCACACUGGGACAAUAUGUACAGCCCCAGGGCGUGUCUGUAGUAGACUUUGUGAGGUUUGAAUGUGGAGAAGGUGAAGAGGCAGCAGAGGCCCAAUAGGUUCCAGAGACACUUUGGCCCAGGAGGAAAUAUUUAUUUUUAGCUCUGGACAUCAUCACAAGAAGUUAUUUCUCCUAAGUCUUUUGAAACCCAAAUUGUUUUUUCAUUUGAGUUUAUGAUGAAACUAUAUACUUCACAGGUAAAGUUACUAAAUAAAAUAAUUAUACAAUUGA